AUGGACCUGUGCCUGGCUUUCUUCGAAACCUUCGCUGACGAUAAAGUGCAGGGUCGUCGAGGGUACGAGAGCCGUCGGCGUGCAGCCAGAUGGCGCUUUUCCUCUGCGCUCCUUCCUUCUUCGGGGUUUUCUUUCACCGAAAACAAGGAGGGAGCGGAAGGCAGUGAACCCGUCUCCGAAGCCAAGGGCAGUCUCGAAGCUGCGCGAAGUUCUGUGGCAGUCUUCACGGACGCGGGGGGUAGCCAGGCUGCAGAGCAGCCGAGAGCAUCGCAAAACGAAAGCGGAGACGCGAAGUCGAAUUCGUCCAAAGACGACAAACUCUCGAGUGAAUCGGAUGGCUCGUGGAACCGGCGUCUGCCUCUCGGCGGCAUUUUCCACCGCAUGCUGUCCCCGAUGCUUCCCUUCGUGCACAAGUCCGUCCAGCCCGCGACACGGAUGACGAUCAUGAGUCCUUUGAACUUCCUCCACUCCUUGUGGAGCCCCCGUAUCUCCGUGAUUACUUCAGUCCAAGACGAGGACGGGGACAAAGAAGAGUCCUCUGCACACGAGGCUGCGGCGACAAAGCAGGCGGCUGCGCCCGGGGCGACCCAAGACACAGCGUCGGCUGCCGGCGAAGCUUCACGGACAACGUCAACAACAACUGUGUCCACGUCUUCAGCGCCCGCGUCGGAGACUUCUGGUGCUUCCGAAACUCCGUCGGCAGGAAGCAGCGAGGAGACUGCUGGCGAGAAGGCGCGUCUCGAAGCGGAUAACAAUCUCUCGCCAGAGAGGGGGGUUGCUGGGACGGGGCAAUCAGGAAACACCGUUCGAGAGAACAGACUUGCAGACGAGAAAGAAAAAGGAGAAGCGAGUCAGGUCGAGCACCAGGAGACGAAAAACGAGAAUGGCGAAGCGAAUGGGGAAACAGACGGAACUCCAGAACCUUCACCGCCAGGGCAGGCCGCAAACGAGGAAGGGACAGUGCCUACUCCUUCGGCGCCCCAGGCAGAAGAUACAGGCACCUCUCCAGAUUCAGCUGAGAGUGCGAAAACCGAGGCACGUGGCGCUGAGGAGAAGGAGACAAAACCUUCCGAGUCACCUGAGAGUGCGAAAAACGAGGCACGUGGCGCUGAGGAGAAGGAGACAAAGCCUUCCGAGUCACCUGAGAGUGCGAAAAACGAGGCAGGAGGGGCUGAGGAAAAGGCGAUGAAACCUUCCGAGUCACCUGAGAGUGCGAAAAACGAGGCAGGAGGGGCUGAGGAAAAGGCGAUGAAACCUUCCGGGUCAGCUGAGAGUGCGAAAAACGAGGCAGGAGGGGCUGAGGAGAAGGAGACAAAGCCUUCCGAGUCACCUGAGAGUGCGAAAAACGAGGCACGUGGCGCUGAGGGGAAGGAGACAAAGCCUUCCGAGUCACCUGAGAGUGCAAAAAACGAGGCAGGAGGGGCUGAGGAGAAGGAGACAAAGCCUUCCGAGUCACCUGAGAGUGCGAAAAACGAGGCAGGAGGGGCUGAGGACAAGGCGAUGAAACCUUCCGAGUCAGCUGAGAGUGCGAAAACCGAGGCAGGAGGGGCUGAGGAAAAGGCGAUGAAACCUUCCGAGUCACCUGAGAGUGCGAAAAACGAGGCAGGAGGGGCUGAGGAAACGUCGAUGAAACCUUCCGGGUCAGCUGAGAGUGCGAAAAACGAGGCAGGAGGGGCUGAGGAGAAGGAGACAAAGCCUUCCGAGUCACCUGAGAGUGCGAAAAACGAGGCACGUGGCGCUGAGGGGAAGGAGACAAAGCCUUCCGAGUCACCUGAGAGUGCAAAAAACGAGGCAGGAGGGGCUGAGGAGAAGGAGACAAAGCCUUCCGAGUCACCUGAGGGUGCGAAAAACGAGGCAGGAGGGGCUGAGGAAAAGGCGAUGAAACCUUCCGAGUCACCUGAGAGUGCGAAAAACGAGGCAGGAGGGGCUGAGGAAAAGGCGAUGAAACCUUCCGGGUCAGCUGAGAGUGCGAAAAACGAGGCAGGAGGGGCUGAGGAGAAGGAGACAAAGCCUUCCGAGUCACCUGAGAGUGCAAAAAACGAGGCAGGAGGGGCUGAGGAAACGUCGAUGAAACCUUCCGGGUCAGCUGAGAGUGCGAAAAACGAGGCAGGAGGGGCUGAGGAGAAGGAGACAAAGCCUUCCGAGUCACCUGAGAGUGCGGAAAACGAGGCACGUGGCGCUGAGGAGAAGGAGACAAAGCCUUCCGAGUCACCUGAGAGUGCGAAAAACGAGGCACGUGGCGCUGAGGAGGAGGAGACAAAGCCUUCCGAGUCACCUGAGAAUGACAGACAGGCAAAACCCGCGAAUGAUGCAGAGAAGAAGCGCGGCGACGAGAUGAACCGAGAAGAGACCACGCCUGAUGACACAUCUCAGAAUUCAGUCGAAGAAGAAGCGGGAGGCAAACGACACGGGAAGCCUCCGAAAAGUGGGGAAUCCGCGUUGUCUGGGGCUGCAUCUCUCCAAACGGAAGAGCCUGCAGUGGGUCCAGGCGGUGCCGUCCCGGGGCAUGCACAAGCGUCUCCCAAGGACGAGAAAGCGAGUCCGCCUGCGGCGCACACUUCAACGCCCGCCGGAGCUGUCGGCAGUUCAGUCCUUGUAGGCCAGAACGCGCCGACGGAAAACGCCUCAGCUGUUGUCGUUUUCAAGUUUUGUCGGCGGGGUCAUGGGGCGUGUGCGCCAGAGAAAGAAGAGACGCUCGACAAAAUCCAAGUCUACGUUGACCGAAACCUCAAGUUGGACUUGAGAGACCACGACGACUGGACGCGGAUCGGAGCGGCCAUGAACAACUGGUUACGCGAUCGAUACUUCCAUGGGCCCGAAGGAAAGGAUUUCGGCUGGGGUAACGCGCUCCGUGGGUGCAUUUUGGACUGGGCGGAGCCCCACAGGAAGUUCUCGCCGACCUGGAUUAUGAUGAAGGAAAAGGAACACAAGCCGACGAAAACGUACCGGGAGAUGUUUCUCGACUUUUACACACCGGACCCGGACACCGGCCAUCGCGUGCCCUCCCUGGUGAACUGUUUCCACUUCCUUGCCGGAAUCGAUUACUUUUUCGUGACCUCGGAGAAGCCUUCAGAAACGAAGGCACGCGAGAUCGCCCACGAGGCGCUUGUGCUCAGGUCGUCGAUUGACGCGGACUACGAAGCGUUUCUCCGCGAGAGAGCGAACUCCGGCAUGAACCUCGAACCGCCGCCACCCCCGAAGCGCCAAGCUGUGAGCGCGCAGGAUCCCACAAGACGACAUUGGUCGUCUCUGUCUCUCGCCUUCUCCAUGGUCCAGAAAAAACGGAGACUGGCGGCGAGGUCGAGCGAAUUGAGCAACGCCUGA